UGCGGGGAGUGUUGGAGCAGAGUGCAUGCUGGGAAAACACGUGUAAGGAGGAUCAGAGAAGGCAAAGUUGUUUUUGGUAUCAGCGGCUUUAAAAGCUGUUCUGACUGGAGCUGCUGCUGGUCCUCUGUUGUAACAGUGGUUCUGGUUCCGAGACCCAGCUGUAGGUGUCGCCCUCAUCAGGAUCUGUUUGGACCCGCAACUCUCAGGUGAUUUUCCCAAACAUGUCAUCCAGAGAGAAGCAGGGCAACGAUGAGCGGUUCCGCAGGGUCCAGAAGGACCCCAGGUUCUGGGAGAUGCCAGAGAAAGAGCACAAAGUCAAGAUCGACAAGCGCUUCCAGUCCAUGUUCCACGACCAGCGCUUUAAGGUGAAGCAGACUGUGGACAAACGAGGCCGACCCGUCAACCACUCCACCGCGGAAGAUCUGAAGCGCUUCUACAAGCUGUCCGACUCAGAGGAGGACCAUGAGGAGGGUCCCAAGGUGGCGAAGGGAGAGAAGAAGAAGAUGAAGACAGCAGAGCGCCCUGAACAAGGAAUCCUAGCUGCUGAAAAAGAUGAUGACGAUGAGGAGCAGCUGUCUGAGGAUGAAGAUGCAGUCCUGGGAGACAGUUACUCAGAUAAAGAUGAGGAGGAAGAUAAGGCAGAGGAGGAGGAGGAAAGCGAUGCAGUUAGUGGGUCUGAUGAUGAGGAGUCCAGUCUGGAUUCUGGUGACGACAGCGACAGUGGGCCGGAUCUGGCCCGAGGGAAAGGGAACAUCGAGACUAGCUCAGAUGAAGAUGAUGAUGAUGUGGAUGACAUCCUGAAGAAAGAGGAAGAGGAGAUUGAACACGACUGGGGGGAGCUGUGCAAAGACGCCGUGCGGAAUGAUGAGGUUUCUGCUCGGCUUGCUGUCUGCAACAUGGACUGGGACCGCCUGAAGGCCAAAGAUCUGCUGGCGCUGUUUAACUCCUUCGUCCCUAAAGGGGGCGCUGUGCUGUCUGUCAAGAUCUUCCCAUCAGAGUUUGGGAAGGAGAGGCUGAAGGUGGAGGAGACGCAGGGACCGCCGGAGCUGAAGGCACUGCCUGAUGACUCUGAUGACGACACCGAGGAAGAAAGGGUUUACAGGGAGAAGCUGCGGGGCUACCAGUUCAAGCGUCUAAAGUAUUUCUACGCCGUGGUUGAGUGCGACUCGGUGGAGACGGCAGCGAAGGUCUAUGACGAGUGCGACGGCUACGAAUACGAGAGCAGCUGCUCCGUUCUGGACCUUCGGUUUAUCCCUGAAGACGUGACGUUUGAAGAGGAGCCCAAAGACGUGGCGACGGACAUCAACCUGUUAGCAUAUACACCCAAACUGUUCACCUCAUCUGCUGCCACCUCCAAGGUGCAGCUGACGUGGGAUGAAACGGACCACGAGCGUGUGACGGCCCUGAACAAGAAGUUCAACAAAGAGGAGCUGCUGGACCUGGACUUUAAAGCCUACCUGGCCUCUUCCAGUGAGGAGGACGAAGAUGAAGAGCAGGAGGACAGAGCAGUCGAAGAAGAAACCAAUGGUGAGGAGAUGGAGGAGAAACCUCUGGAGAGGAAGAAGAGGAGUGAGGAGCAGAUCAUCAAAUACAGAGAGCUGCUGAAGAGCAUCCAGGUCAAAGAGAAGAAGCUGCAAGAGGACAAAGACAUGGAGAUGGAGAUCACCUGGGUUCCAGGCCUGAAGGAGACGACGCAGCAGCUGGUGAAGAAGAAGCUGGAGGGGAAGGACAAGCUGACGCCCUGGGAGGAGUAUCUGCAGAAGAAGAAGGAGAAGAAGAAGAAGCAGAAGAAAAGUGAAAGAAAGCAGGGAUCUGAUGAAGAGCUCAGUGACGAUGAGCUUCCUCCUGAUGUUGACCUCGGUGACCCGUUCUUCUCCGAGGAGCUCAGAUCAUCAGAUCUGAAGAAGAAACAGAAGAAAAAGGAGGAAGAGAAGAAUAUAGCUGAGCAGGAAGAGGAGCUGGAGAAACAAAAGGCUGAGAUGGCUCUGCUGAUGGAGGAUGACGAUGAUGAAGCCAAACACAAACACUUCAACUACGACAAGAUCGUGGAACAGCAAAAUCUGAGCAACAAGAAGAGGAAAAAGCUGCUGAAGAAGGGCAAAGAACAGCUGGAGAAGGACGACUUCCAGGUGGACGUCUCCGACCCCCGUUUCCAGGCCAUGUUCACCUCUCACCUGUUCAACCUGGACCCCUCCCACGCCAGCUUCAGGAAGACCAGAGCCACACAGAGCAUCCUGAAGGAGAAGCAGCGGCGCCGAGAGGAGGGGCUUAGCGCUCAGAAGGCCACGCCCACACCAGAGGAAGAGACGGGGCCUGGCACAAAACAGGAAGCAGCAGGAACGAAGCGGGAUAAAGACUCUGUGGUGGAGAAGAAAACGAUGGAUCCGAGUCUGUCGUUGCUUGUUAAAUCCAUCAAAAGCAAAACGGAGCAAUUCCAAGCUCGGAAAAAACGGAAAGUGACGUAAAUCCUCCUGAGAUCCGAUCCACUUCCUGCUGCCAGGACUGUUCUGUUUUUCUAUGUUUGUACAGAAAAAUGUUGAAAGUUGGAGUAAAAUAGCCUGAAUCAGA